ACGCAGUCCGCGGAUACUUAUUUCAGUCGAUGACUAACACACUGUUUGCUGUUAACCAUAGAUACGGUACUCAUAUAUAGAACCCGUAUACAAUAUAGAGUACCAACUGGCUUUGGUAGUUGUCUAUAGUCACUACAAGAAGACCGGAGUCGUCAAUUCACCGAUAAAUAAUUUUGUUGCUUACUCACAUCGACAUGGCCGAGUUGAAAGCACUCUUGGGAGAUACUUUAAUGAAAGGCACGGAAAAAGUAUCCAUAGAGAAAGCGCUGGAAGGAAAAACUGGCAUAUGUCUGUAUUUCUCCGCUCAUUGGUGCCCACCGUGCCGAGGCUUUACCCCUAAGUUGAGUGAAGUGUACAAAAAGAAAACGGAAGAAGAAUUCGAAAUCGUGUUUGUCAGUUCAGAUAGGAGUGAAGGAGAUUUCACAGCGUACUAUUCAGAAAUGCCCUGGUAUGCUCUGACAUGGGAAAACCUGGGAAAGCUCAAGGACGCAUUAUCCACAAAGUACGCUGUAACAGGUAUUCCUAAACUAGUGGCUAUCACACUGGAUGGCACUGUGAUUGACAUGGACGGCAGAGGACAUGUAGCCGGUAAAAACAAUCUGAAAUUUCCCAACAAGUAAAAAUCAAGUCUCGGAAGUUCAAAGCAGUUUGACUGGGAUUCAUAUACCGGGACAAUGCGACAGCUCAAUUAAAAAACCAGGACAUCUUCACUAACAGAUGUGUACGUUUAAGAUAGUUUGGGAACAUUUGGUCACAAAGCUUCAAUGCUAAACGUAAAAAUAAUGCCCAAUUUGUGUACGAACAUUAUCAUUUACACAUUACAUAUCAGUAAAAUGUGCAAUAACGCAAUUAGUUCAAUGUUUCCCAGCAAUUAUCAUCAAGUUAGUCUUAUUCCUGUCAAAAACAAUCUCUAUUCUCUGUCGAUAAGGUUGUACAAGAUAUCGGCAACAAGUAUUUCAAGAUAUCCUCACUGUUUACUUUCGUAUUAACCGAUGAACUCUAAAUGAAACUAGAUAUAUUCUCACUUCAUCUAUUAAAAAUAAUGUUUUCUGAA